CUCAUUCAGGACGACGAGCACUAGGCUUCCUUGCCUACAAUUCAGACCUGAGUCUUUCCAACGAAAGCCUCCUGCAACACAAGCACCACUCAUCCUCCUCUCCCCAACCCUCGUUGAGAGGCGUAACCGAUCACCAUGCUACUCCUCGACUACGAAAACGUUCUCCUGCAAUCCAUUCUAACCGAGCGUUUCUCCGGUGCUGCACCAACCUCAAUCGACCAAGUCGUGUCGGAUUUUGACGGCGUCACCUUCCACAUCUCGACUCCUAAUACAAAGACUCAGAUUCUCAUCUCUUUACAGAUAAAGUGUUUUCGAGAACUAGUCCAAUAUGGCGCCGAAGUCGUCCUGCAACGAGAAUAUGGAAACUACAUCACCGACACCGAAGCCGGCUACGAUUUCAGCAUCCUCAUUGACCUCGAGUCCCUCCCCCCAACACCGGAAGAAAAAGAAGAGCUAGUCCGCAGGAUCAGCCUGCUGAAGCGAAACGUCAUGGCAGCCCCAUUCGAGAAAGCCUUUGACGAAUUCUCUGCCCUCGCCGAGGAAGCCGCCAAAUACACGUCCGAAUCUGCCCCACAGGGAGUUGCGGAAGGAGGACAAGUCAUGUCGAUCCAUUACCGCGAGGCUGAGGCCAUCUACAUCAAAGCCUCUCACGAUCGCGUCACGGUCAUCUUCUCCACCUUGUUCAGCGACGCCGUGGACAAGAUCUUUGCAAAAGUGUUUUUACAAGAAUUCGUCGACGCCCGACGGAGAGCCAUUCAAAAUGCGCCCCAGGUCCUAUUCAGGAGUGAUCCCCCUCUCGAGUUACAAGGAUUGAAAGGCGUCGGCCGCACCGGCGAGAAGGGAGAGGUUGGAUUCAUCACAUUUGUCCUUUUCCCGCGACAUCUGACCCGCAACCGUCGAGAACAAGUCAUCUCCCACAUUCAAACAUUCCGAGAUUAUUUCCACUACCACAUCAAAGCCUCCAAGGCCUAUAUUCAUUCCCGAAUGAGACGGCGGACCGCUGAUUUCUUGCAAGUUCUCAAUCGUGCUAGGCCGGAAACGGAAGAAAGGGAAAGGAAAACAGCAAGCGGGAGAACAUUUCGCGUACAGGGUUGAGCAGGUUUGUUCGGAUUGAGCCUGAGUCUAGCCCCAUGACCGGAGCAUUAGAAACAGACAUGCCCUUGACCGAAAUCUUAUACUAUACCGAGGGUGAUUCAGGCAGCCUCCGCUUUGACAUGCGGGUGACUCGACCAUGUAACCUUCAUCUACAUGGUGUGAAUGUUCCUAUAGCUAGAUCUCCUCGUCCUUGCUUAGACCUGACUCCAAUUCAUCUCCACUAAACUGUGGUCAUGACGCUAGCAUUGGCGUACCAGCUCAACAAAGGGUUCUCUCCAUUCCGGACCAUGGUCUCCUCGACAAUUGCCCAGCUCUCCAGGAAACUUUGGUGGCUUGAAACACGUGUCAGCUUUCCGGUGAUUGCGCG